CUUGAAAACCCUAAUCUGCCUGUCAUGAGUCCCUUUCCUGCUCAGCAUGAGGCUGGCUGGGGAGACGUCCAAGAGGCAAAGGGGUAGUGGGCAGAGAGAGCAUGCCAGCUUGGAUAAGUAACUGAAUACACUUUGGCCGAGAGGAAAUAUGGGAUGUAUAAAAUCAAAAAGGAAAGACAAUCUGAAUGACGAUGGGAUAGAUUUGAAGACUCAACCAGUACGUAAUACUGACCGAACUAUUUAUGUGAGAGAUCCAACGUCCAAUAAACAGCAAAGGCCAGUUCCAGAAUCUCAGCUUUUACCAGGACAGAGGUUCCAAACUAAAGAUCCGGAGGAGCAAGGAGACAUCGUGGUAGCCUUGUACCCCUAUGAUGGCAUCCACCCGGACGACUUGUCUUUCAAAAAAGGAGAGAAGAUGAAAGUCCUGGAGGAGCUUGGAGAAUGGUGGAAAGCUAAAUCCCUUUCAACAAAGAGAGAAGGGUUCAUCCCCAGCAACUACGUUGCCAAAGUCAACACCUUAGAAACGGAAGAGUGGUUUUUCAAGGAUAUAACCAGGAAAGACGCAGAAAGGCAGCUGCUGGCUCCAGGGAACAGUGCUGGAGCUUUUCUUAUUAGAGAAAGCGAAACCUUAAAAGGAAGCUACUCUCUUUCUGUCAGAGAUUAUGACCCUGUGCAUGGUGAUGUUAUUAAGCACUACAAAAUUAGAAGUCUGGACAAUGGAGGUUAUUACAUCUCUCCACGAAUCACUUUUCCUUGUAUCAGUGACAUGAUUAAACAUUACCAAAAGCAGUCCGAUGGCUUGUGCAGAAGAUUGGAGAAGGCGUGUAUUAGCCCCAAACCACAAAAGCCAUGGGACAAAGAUGCCUGGGAGAUCCCACGGGAUUCCAUCAAGUUGGUGAAAAGGCUUGGUGCCGGGCAGUUCGGGGAAGUCUGGAUGGGUUACUAUAACAAUAGUACCAAAGUGGCUGUGAAAACCCUGAAACCAGGCACUAUGUCUGUGCAAGCUUUCCUGGAGGAAGCCAACCUCAUGAAGACCCUUCAGCAUGACAAGCUGGUGAGGCUGUAUGCCGUGGUCACCAGAGAGGAGCCUAUCUACAUCAUCACCGAGUAUAUGGCCAAGGGCAGUUUGCUGGAUUUCCUGAAGAGCGAUGAAGGGGGCAAAGUGCUGCUUCCAAAGCUAAUUGACUUUUCUGCCCAGAUUGCAGAGGGAAUGGCGUACAUUGAGAGGAAGAACUACAUUCACCGAGACCUACGAGCAGCAAACGUUCUGGUCUCUGAGUCCCUCAUGUGCAAAAUUGCAGAUUUUGGCCUUGCUCGAGUAAUUGAAGAUAAUGAGUACACAGCAAGGGAAGGUGCCAAAUUCCCCAUUAAGUGGACAGCUCCGGAAGCAAUCAACUUCGGAUGUUUCACGAUUAAGUCUGAUGUGUGGUCCUUUGGAAUUCUCUUGUAUGAGAUCGUCACCUAUGGGAAAAUUCCCUACCCAGGGAGAACUAAUGCCGACGUGAUGACCGCCCUGUCCCAGGGCUACAGGAUGCCCCGCAUGGAGAACUGCCCAGAUGAGCUCUAUGACAUCAUGAAAAUGUGCUGGAAGGAAAAGGCAGAAGAGAGGCCAACGUUUGAUUACUUGCAGAGCGUCCUGGAUGAUUUCUACACUGCCACAGAAGGGCAGUAUCAGCAGCAGCCUUGAUGCACAGGGAGACUCAUGGCCAUUUUUGCCUCCUGCAAAAAGAAAACAGGACAAUAGUGGUUGCAGGACAAUUUCCUGCACUGGGAUCAUCCACCGUCCCUGCUUCCUGAAAGUGAGGCUAGGUUACUCAGGAAGAACACUCUCGACAUGGAAGAAAAGUAUUCUCGUUCUCAUUGGCUGAUGCACCUGGUUGCCUCUUGGACUGCUCCCAGCUGGCAAUCUUGCUUUGCUAGACCAACAUCUGCAGACAGCGGUCUGAGAAGAGAACACCUGUUCUGUCCAAAAUGCGCCCACGCUGGCCUCUUGUUUACAGCUCCAUGUGUGACUCCGAGGUUCAGAGGCCACUGCAAUGAAUCUCAAAUAGUAACAGACUUAAACUCAUUUAUAAAAGUAAAGUAACCAGAUGCAUAUCAUGACCCUUCUUUGCAUUUUCUCUAUGCUUUGGCUUAUCUGUUAAAAAAUUACUAAUCCAAUCUGUUACAUUUUGCAGGUGAAGUCCGAAGGUUACAAUGGUCUCUCCCAGGUUUCAGUGAGGUUCCCCUCACCCUAAAAUCUGAGACUGUUAAACAUUUUCCUUCCAUGGAGACUGCUUAGAACCCCCAGACAUGAAACAGAGCAGCCACAAUGCUCUUCUGGUCUGUCCCUGUGGAAAUAUCCCUUAUAAGCGUGCAGAGCGGCUGUGUGUCCCUGCGUGGACCCCGCCGAUGGCCAGGGCUGGCCCAGACCUCUCAGGAAAGGGACAAGGGCCUCAGGAACUGCUCUGCCCUAAGAAGGAAUAUUUUUAACAGUCCAGCUUUUCAGUUCCACGAUUUCCUAUAUGGAGACUCUUUUGACAACGUACUUUGGGACAGUAAUAAGAUUCUAAUCUCUGCAUGGCCUUAUAGGGCCUUAUAAAACAUAAGAAUGUUCUUUAUUGCUUCCAAUGAUUUGAACAUUAUUUUAAUGAUGAAAUGUUAAUUUUAAUUGUACUUGAGAAAAGUAAAAAUGCCAUCUUUGGGUCUAUUUUGUGAUUCAGCAAUCUCUUCUAAAUUGUGUAAGGUGUGUGCGAGACUAUUUAUACGAGGAUAUGAAAGCACAGUAAGUGGCUGAGGAGGCUCAAAAGGGCCCCCGUAGCAAGGGAUAUGAGAGGUUUUGUUUACUAAAUUUUUCUACUGUACGCUUUGAAUAGAAAAUGCUAUAUCACCCUGUUUCACUUAUGCUCUUGUGCAUAUACCUAAUAUUUCUAUUUUUUUGAUUUUAUUUUAAUACACCUGGCCCAAUAACA